AUGACCGCCGACACCGCCAAGUACAGCGUCGCCACCUUCGCCGCCGGCUGCUUCUGGGCCGUGCAGCGCGCCUUCGACCGCGUGCCGGGCGUGGUCGAGACCUCGGUGGGCUACUCGCAGGGCAAAACGGAUCACCCGACGUACCGCACCGUCGUCACGGGCCGCACGAACCACGCCGAGUCCAUCAAGAUCGCGUUCGACGAGACGCAGGUCUCCUACGACGACCUGCUCAAGGUCUUCUGGACCACCCACGACCCCACAUCGCUCAACCGCCAGGAGGACGACGUCGGGACGCAGUACCGCUCGGGCAUCUACUACCAGAACGAGGAGCAGCACAAGGCCGCGUUGGCGUCCAAGGAGGAGCACCAGAAGACGCUGGACAAGCCCAUUGUCACGGAAAUCGAGGAGGCCAAGCAGUUCUGGGACGCAGAGGAGGCCCACCAAAAGUAUCUUGAGAAGGGCGGAAGCUGCUCGGACAAGGGCACCGACGUGCAGUGCGGCGCCUAA